AUGGCCUCGCCCAAGAGCAAGUCGCCCAGCAAGAGCCCGAGUAAAAGCCCGGAUCGACGGUCGACACAGAGCAAGAGGAGGACAUCAUCGUCUCCAAAGACGGGCUCUCCGCGGGAGGGCACCACCGUAUCCCCCUUGAAUGAGUUACAGGCGGACGCGCUUGAUGUGCCUCUCGAGGCUGAUGACUCCACGGACGGAGAGCCCGUGGUCGACGAUGGAGAUUCGGCGAUAGGAACAGUGAGUUCUGGCUUGACUGGUGUGUUCUCCCAGGCUAAUGGUGUAUUUUCUCAGCUGAACUCGUCCACAGCAUCAAUGAGGGAUGAGCUCAUCCUCCAGAGGAGCGAGCAUGGGCGUCAGUAUCAGGGUUAUAUGGAAGCCAAAUAUGUACUGCCUAUGGAUGAGCAAGAGACAGAACGCUUAGGUGAGGAAAAGUCCGAAGCUUUACCGCUUGUAACAUCCAGACUCAUGCCUGUAGACUUUCAAUGCCAUCUUGUAUGGCUGACCCUCGACAAGCGACAUGGCUUUGCUCCGAUCGAGAAACCCCGGCGUGCCUUAGAUGUUGGUUGUGGCACCGGCAUAGAUACUGAUUUCCUGCGCGAAGCUGACGAUCAUCCGGAGACCGAGGUUCUCGGCGUUGAUCUGGCACCCGUACAGCCGCAGUGUGUCCCGCCGAACCUCCAAUUUGAAGUCGACGACUUGGAGCAGCCGUGGAACUUUUCCUACAAGUUUGACUACAUUCACUGCCAGCUGAUGAUUGGCGCAUUCCAAGACUGGCCCAAGUUCUUUAGGCAGAGCUUCGAGUUCCUCGAGACGGACGGCUACCUUGAAGUCCACGACAUCGACUUCGUCAUCCGGUGCGACGACGACACGCUGGCCGAGGACUCGGCCCUGAGCCGCUGGCACAAGCACAUGCACGAGGCCGCCAACAUCGCCGGCUUCCCGCUCGACGCCAUCGCGCACGUGCCCGACAUGAUGCGCGGCGCGGGCUUCGAGGACGUCGUCGCCCAGCCGGUCAAGUGGCCCAUCAACACGUGGCCGCGCGACCCCAAGCACAAGGAGCUCGGGCGCUGGGCCAUGGAGAACUUCUCGUGGGGCUGCGAGUCGAUGAGCCUGGCCCUGUUCACGCGCGUGCUGGGCUGGACGCACGACGAGGUCCGCGUGCUCAUGGCGCUGGUGCGCAGGGACCUGCGCAACAAGAAAAUCCACGCCUACUGGAACUUCUGGAUCGUGUACGGCAGGAGGCCCGCGCGCGGAUCUGGCCAUGCCAAGUCCGGCCCUGGUCUACGGAGCAUGGAGUUACCCCGCGGAUCCAGCCCGGCCAUGAUCGAAUCAGAGAUGCGUGCAGGGAGCCUUGCGACCUUGUUCAAGUCGCCAUUCUCUCAACACAGCAGUGCUGCAGUCCUUGUUCUUCUGGCAGCGCUUGUCCUGCUUCGUUGUUUCAAGAAGACUCAUCGGAGCAAAGAAACCAUCAACGACUUUCAAUUUCCACCCCAGCGACGGUUCUCUCGACACAGCUUGCCUUCAUACGCAAAGCCCACCGAACAGGUCGAUCAGAUACCACAACAGCUCUUGGUUGCCAAAGCGCUGCCUACAACCAGGACACUAUCGGUUCACACAAAGGAGACUCUCUAUUCACCAACUGGGUUCUCAACUCUCGACAUCAAAGCUCUGGGAAGAUUUCCCGAUUAUGCAGUCUUGAGUGGUGUGCGGCAUCCUCAUGCCCUCGACCCAUCAUUCGACCUCAACAAGGUCUCGUUUCGACCAUUUCGACCAUUCAGAUGGGGCUACUAUCAAACGAUGGCCCUUAUGAAGCUGGACCCAGAUUACUGGAUCGAGCUGGAGCGUAACUACUUGUCCACCAUGUCUCAGAGGCAGUCUCUCCUACGACGCUACCCGGACCACAUCCUCUUUCAUGACCCGGGCUCGGAGCUCGCUUGCCACGAACUGAUGGAAAUGGUCCUCCAGUUUGUAUGCAUCCGCUAUCCGCGAUACUUCUCCUUGGAAAGCGAGUCUACUGUGUUUGUUAACCGUCUCCUCCACACCCGCACGGAGGUAUCGUCUGCCCAUCCCUUGCGUAUCGUCUUCGACAACAUCCCGGAGGACUUUACUCUCAUGCUGCGCAGUGAAGUCGACGGUCAGUACUACCUCCGUGCUGCGGCCGUCUGCUCGUCAGUGGGGUGGGAUAUCGCGCAGAAACGAGGUAUGGCCUUGUCCGAGAUCCACGAGCCGGUGCCGGACUACGCAGCCAAGAUGGCGCGCUCAAUGGACCGCUUCUUCGCGCGCAUGCCAACGGACAAACCGGUGCAGAGGUGCUCGUGGACUCUGGAGGACCACGAUCCACUCUUCUCGAGCCCGGCGGCUGAGCUUGGUGUCCAGUGGGAGAGGAGCCGAUUCGCCGGGCGAGAAGAACACGUCAAGGUAGAAGAUAUACACCUCCGCUGUGACAUACAGACAUUGCGCAGGCUGCCCCUUACAGGGGCGAUGGUGUUUAACUUCAAGACUGCUUUCACUCCUCUCACUCAGCUAAGAGACGAGCCGAAAGUACCAGCACUGUUGGCCCGAAUUUUGACAGGAGGCAAACAUGAUCUUGUGACUCAUAAGGCUCUCCCGCACGUUAAGGACUUGGCGGUCAGAAAUCUAGAGUCUUGGGCCAGAGAGCAGGUGAAAAAUGGCAAGGUGCCGGCUGACUGGACAGUGGGGACUCUUGAUGAGAGCCCCUUUUUCCCCGGAUGGAACGCAUGA